UCAUUCUGGGGGUAUUUCAACAUGGCUGGUGUGUGAACUCCGCAAAACGUUUUGGUGUUUGCUGAAAAACAGUCGCUAAAGUGCUCCUCCACGAUGACUUCGACGAAGAACGAGGAGUCCGCGGCGAAGCCCAUGCAGAGGAUAUACGGGCAGAUAGUGAUUUCGCUGGAGAACUGCCUGCUGCCGGACGGAAAGCUGGAGCAAACGCCAUCGCAAUUGGACGGCUUGGAUCGCGACACGGAGGUCGACUUGCGAAUUCUGGGCUGUGAGCUCAUCCAGACGGCCGGAAUACUGCUGAAGCUGCCACAGGUGGCAAUGGCAACUGGGCAGGUACUAUUUCAGCGUUUCUUUUAUUCUAAAUCAUUUGUCCGACACAAUAUGGAGACCACCGCCAUGAGCUGUGUUUGUCUGGCGUCCAAAAUCGAAGAGGCGCCCAGACGAAUACGCGAUGUUAUUAAUGUUUUCCACCAUAUCAAACAAGUCCGUGCACAAAAACCUAUUACGCCUAUGAUAAUUGAUAUUAACUAUAUCACGCUCAAGACACAAGUUAUCAAGGCGGAGAGGCGAGUACUCAAGGAGCUGGGAUUCUGCGUGCACGUGAAGCAUCCGCACAAGAUCAUUGUCAUGUAUCUGCAAGUGCUGGGCUUCGAGAAAAACCAGAAGAUGAUGCAAAUGGCGUGGAACUUCAUGAAUGACUCCCUCCGGACGGACGUGUUCGUGCGCUACCAGCCCGAGACGAUAGCCUGCGCCUGUAUCUACCUCACGGCGCGCAAGCUGUCCGUCAAUCUGCCCACCAAUCAGCCCUGGUACGGCAUCUUUCGCAUCAGCGAGACACACAUUCAGGACGUGUGCUAUCGCAUCUGCCAGCUCUACAGGCGCCCCAAGGCGAACGUGGAGAAGCUCGAGGCGGCCGUGGAGGAGCUGCGGAAGCGGUACAUGGACUCGAGGACGAAAUCGCGUGCCACGGGCCAGAACUCGUCGCCGGUGCAGCACAGCGUGGAGCGGAGCAACGGAUCGGCGCACAAUGCGUGGAGUGGAUUCAUCUCGCGGGCGGUGCCGAUUCAGGUGGAUGCGAACGAUGACGGGCAGAAGAACUCCAAGUCCAAGUCGCGGACGCCGAGUCCGUCGAAUGACGACAAGGGUCGAUCGCGGAAGAAGCUGAAGCUGAACGAUCGACGCUCACGGACGCCGCUGAAGCUGAGCAGCAGUGGCAAGAAGAAGUCGAGACACUCCUCGCACUCGCCCAGCACGUCGCCCUCGCUGAAGCACAGGAAAAGUGACAAGAAAGGCGAUCGGUCUCCUAUUGGCGGUCGGGACAAGUACAUCAACGGUGAUAAGCACGGCAGUGGCAAGGACUACAUUUCCAAGGACUACAAGCGUGAUCGGGACAGGAGAGAUCGAGACGGCAAGGAUCGCUCCUCAUCGAAGUAUGAUCGCUACAGUUCAUCCAGUCGCGAUCGGUCGAAACAUCGUGCGAGAUCGAAGGACUCGCGCCGCUAAAACAGGAAGGUAUUCUUUUUAGUAGGUUAAAAGAAAAAGAAACUAUAGCGAGGCAAGGAAGAAGAAAAUGUGGGUGGUUAUUUUACAAUUUGAAUUGCAAAGGUACAAAAAAUGGGGGGGUAAAAAUUAGACCAGAAAGAAUGGUUUUUCGCGAGGGAAGUAGAAAAUUCGAUGAUUGGCCAAAUUUUCCUACAUAAACACAUUGAUUUACUUUGCAAUUCCACUUAAUUUUCCUCAUUUUCAAAUAUUUCCCCGAACGUGUGAUGGUUUUAAAUCACACUGAAGAAAGGGUAUUUUUAUAUUUUGGUUUCUACCACUAAAAAAAGGUGGAGAAAUUUUAUUUGCAUUUUUAAAUUUUCCUAUUCUCACAUCGAAAAUCAUGAUUCUAAAAGCGGGUGAAGAAGAAAAAAUCGAACAAUGAUAAAUACUUAAACACCAAAAAGAGAAAAAAAAAUCGUGGAGAAAAGUGAAAAAGAGUCACUCUUAUUUAAAUUUCUUAGCAAAAUAUUAGUUCGAGAGCAAGUUAAUAUCUUCAAUUGUGGCUGAAGAGGGUUUUUAGUUGAAACAUGAUGUGUAUUUGAUAGACUUUGGAAGAGGAGAGGAAAAGCAUGUCUUUUGAGAAACAUUGCGAGAUAUGAGAAUUCCCUCAAUUUGUACAGUGUAAAUUUUAAAUAAUGAUAGCAGAAGACAAGUGAGAA